UGACAGACCCUGCACCAAAAAUGCAAGUUCCAUCGCAGCCUUCACAGCCUGUGGUGAUUGUGACUCAGCCUGGAUAUGGCCCUGGAACCCAGAACUCCAACUGGCAGACUGGCUUGUGUGACUGUUUCAGCGACUGCGGCGUCUGUCUCUGUGGCAUAUUUUGUUUCAAUUGCCUUGCCUGUCAAGUUGCAUCUGACAUGAAUGAAUGCUGUCUGUGCGGGACAAGUGUUGCCAUGAGGACCAUGUACCGGACCCGAUAUGGCAUCCCUGGAUCCAUUUGUAAUGACUUUAUGGUGACCACUUGCUGUCCUCUUUGCUCUCUUUGCCAAAUUAAGAGAGACAUCAAUAGAAGGAGAACCAUGCGUACUUUUUAA